ACAGCACACGCACACAUUGAUCUUUCUCUGGCGUGUUUCGUUUCGAUCAUUAAACUGAUCAGCUGAUCAGUUGUCUUCUUUUCUUCUGUAUCUGGAAGCUUGAUCAAUCAACCAUCGCUGACGUCAUUCCAUAUCCUUCUUCUGCGGGAAGUCGCUGAAGGGGAAAAAAAACUGCUGAUCAGCCAAUCUGCUGCCCGACUGUGUCUCUGCGGGUUUUGUUUUCCUGCAUUCCUCUCUCCUGCUCCUCGUUUCACCUCCUCCUCCUCCUCCUCUGCUCCUCCUCUCUCCUCCGCUCCGCAGCAGCGAUGCUCCCUCCGGGCCUGGCCGGCCGCAGCUUCAUGUCCGCGGGUUGGAAGUAGAUCGGCAGGUCGUUGCAGGUCGCGUCUUUCAGUCAUGGUGCAGAAAUCCCGGAACGGAGGGGUGUUCCCCGGAGCACAGGCCGACCAGAAGAAGCUAAAGGUCGGCUUUGUGGGUUUGGAGGCUGGGGGAACCGAGUCCAGCAGGGACGGGGUUCUGCUCAUAGCAGGUGGAGAGGAGGGGCCUCGGCGGCAGCGCACCAGCGUCUCAGGUGUGAAGAAACCUCCAAAGAGAAACGCCUUCUACAGACGACUGCAGAACUUCCUGUACAACGCGCUGGAGAGACCCCGAGGAUGGGCCUUCAUCUACCACGCAUACGUGUUCCUGCUGGUCUUCUCCUGCCUGGUUCUGUCUGUGUUCUCCACCAUCAAAGAGUACGAGAAGAGUUCAGAGGACGCUCUCUACACUCUGGAAGUGGUCACCAUCGUGGUGUUCGGGGUGGAGUACAUGGUGAGGAUCUGGGCUGCAGGUUGUUGUUGUCGAUACAGAGGAUGGAGAGGACGACUCAAGUUCGCCAGAAAACCUUUCUGUGUCAUCGACAUCAUGGUGUUGAUAGCCUCGAUCUCCGUCUUGGCUGCGGGGACUCAGGGGAACGUCUUCGCCACCUCGGCCAUCAGGUCGCUCCGUUUCCUUCAGAUCCUGAGAAUGAUCCGGAUGGACCGCCGGGGGGGAACCUGGAAACUGCUGGGAUCAGUCGUGUACGCCCACAGCAAGGAGCUGAUCACUGCGUGGUAUAUCGGCUUCCUGUGUCUCAUUCUCGCCAGUUUCCUCGUUUAUUUGGCGGAAAAAGAAGACAACGAACAGUUUGAGACGUACGCAGACGCCCUCUGGUGGGGACUGAUCACCUUGACAACCAUAGGUUACGGAGACAAGUUCCCGAUCACCUGGAACGGACGCCUGCUGGCGGCGACCUUCACUCUGAUCGGAGUUUCAUUCUUCGCUCUGCCAGCUGGGAUCCUCGGCUCGGGCUUUGCUCUGAAGGUUCAGGAGCAGCACAGACAGAAACACUUUGAGAAAAGAAGAAACCCAGCAGCCGGACUCAUACAGGCGGCGUGGAGAGUUUACGCCACAAACCUGAGCCGGACUGAUUUGAAUUCAACCUGGGAUUAUUACGAGAGGACCGUCUCUGUCCCCAUGUACAGGUUAAUUCCACCUCUCAAUCAGUUGGAUCUGUUGAGGAACCUCAAGAACAAAUCUGGACUUUCAUUCAGGAAGGACGCCCAGCCUGAACCGUCCCCCAGCAGCCAGAAGGUCAGUCUGAAGGAGAGGGUCUUCUCAUCUCCUCGGAGUUCUGGGACCAAAGGGAAGGGCUCUCCUCAGCAUGCCGCCCCCAGUGUUGCUCCAUCCGUGGGUCCUAGUCCUAGUGUGGGUUCUGGAGGACCAGGGAGCAUGGGGGGAGUUCAGUCCAUGCGGCGGUCCCCCAGCAUGGAGCCAAGUCUUGAGGACAGUCCCAGCAAGGUUCCAAAGAGUUGGAGCUUUGGAGAACGUAGCAGAACCAGACAGGCCUUCAGGAUCCGAGGAGCCGCUUCACGACAAAACUCUGAAGUGCUGAUAGAGAUGCAGGAUGAAGAGUUCAGACAGAAGGGCUCCCCAGAUGCCAGCAUUCCUGGUGAAGACCUGGUGGACGACAACAAGAGCUGCCACUGUGAGUUCGUCCCUCAGGAUCUGACUCCCGGGCUCAAAGUGACCAUCAGAGCCAUCUGCAUCAUGCGCUUCAUGGUGUCUAAGAGGAAGUUUAAAGAGAGUCUUCGUCCCUAUGAUGUCAUGGACGUGAUCGAGCAGUAUUCAGCAGGACACUUGGACAUGCUGGCCCGCAUCAAGAACCUCCAGUCAAGGGUGGAUCAGAUAGUCGGCAGAGGAACGCCUAUUGCAGACAAAGACCGUCCCAAAGCAGCCAAUGAGGAGCUUCCUGAGGACCCGAGCAUGAUGGGACGGCUGGGGAAGGUGGAGAAGCAGGUCUUGUCCAUGGAGAGGAAGUUGGACUUCCUUGUCAACAUCUACAUCCAGCGAAUGGGAAUCCCCCAGGCUGAGACCGACGCCUACUUUGGAUCCAAGGAGCCAGACCCGGCCCCACCUUACCACAGUCCAGUGGAUCAUAUGGAGAAGAGCCAGUCCAUCUCCAGGAACAUGCAGGCAUUACCAGGGGAACAAGAGAAGAGUCGUACCGGGACGAGGAUGGUCCGCUCCAGCAGCUCUACUGGACACAGGAACUACACCACCCCCACCUGCCCGCCCUCCACCUCCUGGCAGCCAAUCAGCUCCCAGCUCUGCCAGCAGGCCCCGCAUCCUCCCCAGCAUUGUCAUGGUAACACUCCGAGUCCUGUGGGCGAUGGGUCUCUGGUACGACUCCCACCUCCUCCGGCCGGAGAGAGGCACAGCGGGAACCGCUCGAACCGGCACAGCACGGGAGAGCGAGGAGGAGCGGAGAGGGGGGGCGAGGGAGGGGAGGAGGGGAAACCGGACAGUGAGAACUCCAUCUCCAUCCCGUCCGUAGACCACGAGGAGCUCCAGCGGUCCUUCAGUGGAUUCUCCAUCUCUCAGUCCAGAGAGAACAUGGACUUUCUCAACAACGGCUUCUACUCUGCCAACGCGGGAGACAACAGAGGAGGAGGGGGCGGCGCCCGCUGUGCCACCGUCCGGCCCUACAUCGCACAGGGGGAGUCGGACUCCGACUCAGAGCUCUGUGCUCCCUCGCCCCACACAGACCGGGCCUGGACUGGAACCCAGUAGAGAGGAAUCCAGAACAGAACCAGCAAAACAAUUCAAAGGAAAAUAAAACUGUGAUUAAAAACGAGGAGGGAAACUGAUGGAGUCAAAGAUUUAAACACCAGCUGGAGACUGAAGCAUCAUGAGGACUGAGAGAGGCUCAAAGCAUCGGGUGGAGGUCAUGCUGAUUUCAUUCAUGUGAAUGUUUUAACCUGUACAGCAAACGUUUGUUCUCACUGUCACUGAAUCGUUCACACCUGACUGCGUCUGGCUACACACCAGAAGAUCCUCAAAUCUUUUUAAAAAUGGGACAUGAGGAUAGAUCCAACCGAUGUUUAACCUUACAAUCCUCUGAACGCACACACCUGCUCAUGUUAGUGAGCUGUUAAAGAACGCAGCAUCUCGCUCCGCUCGCUCUCAUUGGUUAUUCAAUGAGAGGCAACAUGAUCAGGAAUCAUAAAUACCAUGUUUGAUUUUUAUGAUUCCAGAUCUGGAGCAGUAAAACGUCACACUCUGCACAUGAGGAUUAUUUGGACAAAUUAUCGGUUGCGACAAGCCAAGAAUCGGGCCGCUCCUCCACAAACAUCGAGAGGGACAAACCGGGCCGAACAUCGUCCAGUGUGCAGCCAGAGGACAUCCUUACGCCUAAUUUGAUGAUUGUUUCGAUGGUUAAGACACGUAUACUGUAUCUGCAUCACAGCGACCUGUUAACAGUCAUUCACAACACAAAGCAUCAUGGGAACAGCGUGUACGACAUCGCAAUGCAAACGUUGUGUUUCUGUCCUGAGCUUUCAGCUGAAACCUGGACUUCUCUGAAGGUGUCUAACUGGACCUGAGGUGUUUGAACACGAUGCUGAAUGUUUUCAGUGUUUAAUGCAAAAACAUCCGACAUGACUUUACCGCCAUCUUGGACUUUUCUUGCUCUUAUAUUUAACUAAAACAGGAUCUAUUUUUACUCCUAAUAUAUCGUAGUGUUAGACGUUUUGGGCUUUUCGGCUGCUGAUCUUACAAACCUAAUCGUAUUUUUAAACAGAUCGAUCUUUCAGGAUGAGGAACUACACAUGUUGUCUCAGGUAAAACCUCCCAAACACUUCAAACUAAAGCUGCUAACGUUAGCUUAAACUCUGAUAGCACCGAGGACUGGCGCCAGAAGUUUCAGUUUGAAUCCUGAUCAAGUAUUAUAUCUGAGUGACCUUUGACCCUGCAGAGCCAUGUAG